AUGAAUAACAAUGACUAUUAUCGUCCAAAUAAUUCGAACGAUCAACAAUUUAUGCAUUAUUUGAAUACUUCCGCAUUACCAUUAUCAAAUUCUCGAAGAAUUUCUAAACUAUCUCGAAACAGUUGUCAAUAUAAUAAUACUACUAACACAGAUAUUUAUGGUGUCGGUCUUGAUGAAGCACAAAUGUUAGCAGCAGAAACAUUGAAAAAAUUAGCUGAAAUGGAGUUGAAAGUGAAAAAACCACGCAAAAUGUGUUGUUGUUUACAAACUAGUCAAUGUCAUAGAAAAUGUUUUAGAAAUAAUAAAAUCAGUCCAGAAGAAAACCUAAUUCAUAUUACAAAUCGUGGUGAAAUACUGGAGAAUCCAAAUAUUAUUUUUAAUUAUGUGAAAGCUAAUGAAACUGAGAGAUUAAGUGAAGUUUUAGCCUACAACUCAUCCAUCAUAAAUCAAUGUGACUCUAAUCAACGUACCUUACUUCAUUAUGCUGCAAUGAAAGGUUAUUUAGAAUGUGCAAGUAUUUUAAUUGCAUAUAAAGCAAAAGUGAAUGAACCCGAUGAAAAUGGUAAUCUUCCAAUACAUUUAGCUGUUAAAGAAGGACAUUUACUUGUAGUACGUUAUCUGCUAAGUGUUGACGCUACACCAACAAUUCCAAAUAAAGAUGGUCAAUUACCAAUACAUAUAGCAUGUGAAAAAAAUUAUUCUAGUAUAUUAAAGACAUUAUUAGAAUUGGAUAAUGUCGAUGUGAAUGCGAAAGGUGAACGUGGUGCAUCGCCGUUGCAUUACUGUUGUAUUCGUGACAGUGUGGAAUGUAUGGAAAUACUUUUGAACAAAGGAGCUAACAUAUUCGCCUAUGAUUUAGAACAUACCUAUCCAGUCCACGUGGCAAUUGCUAAUGUUAGUCGAAAAUGUUUAAAUUUAUUAUUCAAAAUGGAAGCAUAUUUACAAGCGAAAAAUUCAAAUCUACCAAUAGAAUCAAAUGAAGUAGUGAAACAGACAUUCUAUAAUAUGGACAUGCAACAAAUCAACCCAAUAUAUAAUAACAAUAAUAAUUUCGAAAAUCAGAUUAAAAAGAAAUCAGUCGAUUCAAAUCAAUCGACAUAUUUUGUUGAAAAUCACAAAGAGAAUCGUUUAAUUAAUCUGACUGAUUGUGAAGGUGAAACUCCAUUGCAUGCUGCAGUUACAUCAGGCAAUUCUGAUAUGGUUAAAUUUUGUUUAGAACAUAAUGCAUUUAUAUUAGCUAAACAAAAUGAUGACUCAACACCAAUUCAUUAUGCAUGUAUGAAAGAUGAUUUAGAAUGUGUUCAAUUGAUGUUCAAUGCAAAUCCAAAUAUUAAAUCGAUUGUAUUACAAAUGUCUGAUAAAAAUGGUUAUACACCACUACAUUUAGCUGCAGUUUAUAAUCAUGAUAAACUUGUUACUUAUUUAAUUGAACAAGGUUCACCUUUAGAAAUGACUGAAACAAAUGGAUGGACACCAUUAUUGUUAGCUGCUAUGAAAGGAGCUUUUCAAACAUGCAUUCAACUUUUACGUCUUGGUGCAAAUCCAAAUGCACAUGAUUGUAGUAAUCGUAAUCUGGUUCAUUUAUUAAUGUUAUUUCAAGGUCCAGGAAUCAGGACAAUUUUACCGGAAGUGAAUGAUGAAGCAUUAUUUAAACGAUUAGUUAAUGAAAAAGAUAAAUAUGGUACAACUCCAUUACAUUAUUCCACAAAAAUGGGUAAUUUAGGCGCAACUAUUACAUUUAUCCUACAUGGCGCCUCUGCAUUGGAACGUGAUAAUCAACGUAACACCUCAUUGCAUACAGCUGCUUAUUAUGGUCGUUUGCAUACAUGUGAAAAAUUGUUGAGUACAUCACAUGGGAUGCGUGCAAUGAAUUGUCCUGAUGCGAUUGGACGUUUACCAUUACAUGUGGCAGUGGAACAUGGACAUAUUGAAAUUGUGAAAAUGUUUAUUGAUCGUGGAUGUCUUUUUCGAAAAUGUCAUAUUGGUAAUACACCAUUACAUUAUGUUUCGAUUGGGGGUUGUUUAAAAACAUGUAAAUUAUUGUUACAAUCAAGUCCAUCAUUGUUAAAUCAAAUAAAUUUUCAUGGAAUGACUGCAUUACAUUAUGCUGCUAAAGAGAAUAAUGUUGAAGUAGUGGAUUAUUUAUUGACUUCGAGAGCAAAAAUUCUACCAGAUAAAGAUGGUACCUAUUUUGUGACUUAUGCAUUACAACGUAGAAAUUAUGAAACAAUGAAAGCGAUUGUAGCACAUGCACGUUGGCCAGAACUACAUGGAAUGUUAGAUAACACACCUCAAUGUCCAGUAGAUGGAUUUAUUCGAAAUAUGCCAUCGAUGUGCAAACUUGUUUUAGAUCAAUGUAUCAAAGAAAUCGGUACAAAGAAUACUCUUGAUCAUGAAAUAUUUUAUGAUUUUUCAAUACUUCAACGACCUAUGAAUCCUCGUGAAAAACCACCACAAAAUCCAAUGAAACGUAUCAAGUUAAUGGUCGAAUUGAAACGUGAAGAUUUAUUGAUUCAUCCUCUGUGUAAAGCAUAUUUAGAACGGAAAUGGCAAACCUAUGGACGUUGGGUACAAUUAUGUGUAAGUAUUUAUUAUGCUGUUUUAUUGUUGGCAAUUACAUGUUUGGUUUUGGGGCAUAGUCCAGUACGUCAUGUGGAAAAUAUUGAAAAAAUUUCAGUUUGUUCUGAUUUGUUAUAUGAAACCCCGACAAGAAUGUAUAUAUUUUCCACGGUUGCUGCAAUCAUCUUAGUUCUGACAACUUUGGAUUUAAACAUAAAAAUGUGGCAAUUAUUCUCACAAAAAUAUGAAUAUUUCAAAGAUUGGAAUAAUUAUUUAGGAUUUGUAUUGGAUGUAUUAGCUAUGACUUAUUCAACGAUGACAUUAAAAAAUCAUGUGAAUCAUCAUUAUGUUGAAUUAGGUGUGGUUGUUAUGUUUUUGGCAUGGUUUAAUUUUCUACUACAAAUGAUGAGAUUUAAACAUAUUGGAAUAUUUGUAGUGAUGUUUUUGCAUGUAUUUGCAACAGUUGGCAAAUGUUUAAUUGUAUUUUCAGUGGUUUUCAUUGCAUUUGCAUUAUCAUUUCAUGUAUUGUUUCGUGCACCAUCAUAUUAUUAUUCAGACAAUAUCACCAAUUCAUUCACACCGGAUCAUCAAUUACUACAACUGAAUGAAUGUUUUCCAAUGUUCAAUAGUAUUGAAUUCAAUCAAACAAAUCCAUUGAUAUCAUUAGAAUUGAAACCAUUCCAGUAUUUAAGUUUAUCAUUAUUUAAAACAUUAAUGAUGAUGGUUGGUGAAUAUGAACAUACACCGACUGUGAUUGAACCGCUGAUUGGGAAAACAUCCCUACAAUUACAUUAUCCAUGGAUUACAUUCUUCUUCUAUACAACAUUUGUAUUUCUAGUACCAAUUAUUUUAAUGAAUUUAUUAAUUGGUUUAGCUGUUGGGGAUAUUGAAAAUGUUCGACGAAGUGCAGUGCAACAUUUAAUUUCACAACAAGUUUAUUGGUUAGCUGAUUUAGAACCAAAAUUAACUGGGAUAUUUCGUUCGAAACUUUAUCAGCCAUAUUGGAAAAAGAAAACGAAAUUAAAUAAGAAGAAUACAGGUUUCUUAGAUAAAUCAUCUACAUCUGAGAUAACACAUGAAGAAAAUCUCAUACAAAAAUAUCUUAAACAAACAAUUAAAAAGUAA